GCCUUUAUGCCCCCCUUUGCCAGCAGCUCCCAUGGCCGGGGCAGCCUGCCCCUCGCCCAGCUAGCUGUGCCUGCUUGCCCGAGCAGCAGAAAUCCUUUGGGAGGAUCUCCUGCCCCUGGAUGUAAAGGAAGGACAAUGGGGAUGAUGCUCUGAGCGGUCCCCGGCGCUGCCUGCGGCUCCUCCCUGCUCCAGCCGGGCCGGGGCGAUGGACAUGAACAUGAAGAAGUUCACGGUGCGGAGGUUCUUCUCGGUUUAUCUCCGCAAGAAGUCUCGCUCCAAGAGCUCGAGCCUCAGUAGAUUCGAGGAAGAAGGCAUCGUGAAGGAAAUAGACAUCAGCCACCAUGUAAAGGAAGGCUUUGAAAAAGCAGAUCCUUCUCAGUUCGAGCUGCUGAAAGUGCUGGGACAAGGCUCAUAUGGAAAGGUAUUUCUGGUGAGGAAGGUGAAGGGGUCUGAUGCAGGUCAGCUCUAUGCCAUGAAGGUACUAAAGAAGGCAACUCUGAAAGUUCGGGAUCGGGUCCGGUCCAAAAUGGAGAGAGACAUUUUGGCAGAAGUGAAUCACCCCUUCAUAGUCAAGCUGCAUUAUGCAUUUCAAACAGAGGGAAAGCUCUACCUAAUCCUGGAUUUCCUGCGAGGAGGGGACCUUUUCACAAGACUCUCCAAAGAGGUGAUGUUUACAGAAGAGGAUGUCAAGUUCUACCUAGCUGAGCUGGCCUUGGCCUUGGACCAUCUGCACGGGCUGGGGAUCAUUUACAGGGAUCUGAAACCUGAGAACAUUCUCCUUGAUGAAGAGGGCCACAUCAAGAUAACAGAUUUUGGCCUGAGUAAAGAAGCCAUUGACCAUGACAAGAGAGCAUAUUCCUUCUGUGGGACAAUAGAGUACAUGGCCCCAGAGGUGGUCAACCGGCGGGGACACACGCAGAGCGCGGACUGGUGGUCGUUUGGUGUGCUGAUGUUUGAGAUGCUGACAGGGUCGUUGCCCUUCCAGGGGAAGGACAGAAAGGAGACCAUGGCACUCAUCCUCAAAGCCAAGCUGGGGAUGCCCCAGUUCCUGAGUGCAGAAGCCCAGAGCCUGCUGAGAGCCCUCUUCAAAAGGAACCCCUCCAACCGCCUAGGUGCUGGGUUUGAUGGAGUGGAAGAAAUCAAGAGGCACCCUUUCUUCCUGACUAUAGACUGGAAUAAACUCUACAGGAAGGAGAUCAAGCCCCCCUUCAAGCCUGCAGUGGGGAGGCCAGAAGACACUUUUCAUUUUGAUCCUGAGUUCACAUCCCGGACCCCCACAGAUUCCCCAGGUGUUCCUCCAAGUGCCAACGCUCAUCACCUCUUCAGAGGCUUCAGCUUUGUUGCCUCCAGCUUGGUGCAGGAGCCUGCCCAGCCAGAUGUGCACAGAAUCCCUGUGCAUCCCAUCGUGCAGCAGCUACACGGGAACAACAUUCACUUCACAGAUGGGUAUGAGAUCAAGGAGGACAUAGGAAUUGGCUCCUACUCUGUGUGCAAGAGAUGUGUUCAUAAAGCCACAGAAACAGAGUUUGCAGUGAAGAUAAUUGAUAAGAGCAAGAGGGACCCUUCAGAAGAAAUCGAGAUCCUCUUACGAUACGGGCAGCACCCAAACAUCAUCACUCUGAAGGAUGUCUAUGAUGAUGGGAAAUACGUGUACCUGGUGAUGGAGCUGAUGAGGGGAGGGGAGCUCCUGGACCGCAUCCUGCGGCAGAAAUGCUUCUCGGAGCGGGAGGCCAGCGCUGUGCUCUGCACCAUCACCAGGACUGUGGACUACCUGCACUCCCAGGGGCCCCCGAUCCUUGAGCAGCAGCUCAAAUAG